ACACCCCUCGGCUAGGUCACGUGUCGGUCGGGGCGGAGUUGGCGAGCUUUCGGAGCGGCGCGCGUCAGCCGCUGGGCGGGGUUGGGGCCGGCGCGGGCGGGCCGGGGUCUGGGCGAGGCGGCGCCGCCAGGACUGAACAGUUGGCUCCGGCGAGUGAGCGGUGGCGGGAGGUCUGCGCGGGGGCUGCCCGCCCGCCGGCAUCGGCUCUCCCGUGACUGCGCGGGGCCGCGGUGCACAAUGAACCCCAGUAUGAAGCAGAAGCAGGACGGCACCCAUGGGCGCGUGCAGUCCUGUCCCGAGGGGAACGCUGAAGAUGAUCCAGCCGUCCACAGCCGGGUCUCUCGUGGGCAGAGAGAACAAGCUGGUGAAAGGCUUGUCCAAACGGAAACAUCGCAAUGACCAGUCGGCGUGUAAGACUUCCGGCUCCGGAGGUCCUGCUGUCCCAGGGCGCGGUGAGGGCAAGAUGCCUGGCGGAGCUGCCCAGGAGGCACUGGAUCUCAUGGUUGCAGAAAACCCGUCCUCUCAGUACUGGAAGGAAGUGGCGGAGCAGCGGCGGAAGGCGCUUUAUGAAGCGCUGAAGGAAAACGAGAAGCUCCACAGGGAGAUCGAGCAGAAGACGAGUGAGAUCGCCCGCCUGCGGAGGGAGAACCAGGAGCUGGCGGAGGUGGCGCAGCACGUGCAGUACAUGGCGGAGGUCCUGGAGCGACUGAAAGGAAACACUCUGGAGAACUUCGAAUCGCCGGAGAGCAGCGAGGAGUUGGAUUCUGAAGAGGAGGCGGGCGAGGAUCCGGAGGCGGAAGGCCCUGGCGCGGGUGUGGGCGCCAAGGCAGCCACGUCCUCCUCCCCGGACGCCCAGCCGGGCAUGUGAGCUGCCCGGGACUCGGAGACGUGCCCUGUUCCCGCCACGACAGCUCUUGGCAGAGCGAGUAGCUAUGCGAUAGCAGACGGGAAGCAGACAGCCUUGUUUGGCCCUGGGCUCCUAUCGCAUUAACAUACAAAUACCGUGUGUUUUAACCUGUGGUGUUUUAUGUAAAUAACGUUUUCUCAGAUGUCAGGCUUGUGUACAUGAUAAAUAAACUUGUUUCUUAGU